AUGGCUCGACUGCCACACAAUUCCUUUGUCAUUUUGUCGACACUGUCACGCCUUCUCAUCUGCACUCAAGCCCAUAUGCAAAUGAGUUGGCCCUAUCCCUUAAGAAGUCCCCUUGAUCCCGAAGGCCCUGAUUACGAGAAAGACUAUGAUAUGACGUUUCCUCUCUUCUCCGAUGGUUCUAACUUCGCAUGCAAACACUACCAGAACGACACGGAUUCUUACGUUACAAAGGCUACUUAUGUGGCAGGCGGAACGUACGAUAUGUGGCUGAAUGGAACUGCAACGCACAACGGAGGCUCCUGUCAAUUGUCUCUCUCAUACGACAAUGGGAUUACCUUCAAAGUCAUCAAAUCAAUGAUUGGCGGAUGCCCUUUGGUCAACACCUACAAUUUCACGGUUCCCAGUUUCGCUCCAGCCUCGGAUGCGGCUCUCCUUUCCUGGUCCUGGUUCAACAUCGUCGGUAAUCGGGAGAUGUACCAAAACUGCGCCCGAGUCCAGAUCGUCAGUAGUCUGAAUCAACGAUACCAACAGACUCCUUACAAGCGACCGGCUUCUUCUUUGGACCAACUUCCGGACAUGUUUACCUGCAACAUUGGCAAUGGCUGCCAGACCAUCGAGGGGCAAGAAGUGGUUUUUCCUAACCCCGGUGACGAUGUUAUCUACGGCCAGGACGCCAUUAUUCCCAAUCAAGGCCCAGGAAUUACGAUUUCAGGAGCACAGCCAACUACUAGUACAGCAUUUACCACCGGAGGAUCAACAGACCCGACGAUUACCACUUCGGAUGGAACACUGAAUUCUACAUUAAACGGUAGAGCGUUCUCACUUACAACCACUACUUCCACUGGAGUGUCCACUUCUAUGACCACUGAUCAAUCUUUUACUUCUACAAGGACCGCGAGAAUAUUCGUCCCACUGACGACUGAUGACCCCUUUAGGACGACUACGAAUAAGACGAUUUCCACGAUGACGACGACUUCUACGGCACCACCUUUCCCUUUUUUGAACGCGACAAUCACAUCCAAUGCCUUUGAUUCUGGAACCGGACUCCCGAAUACUACUGGAAACAUGACCACUUUCUUUAUGCCCGCUUCGACUGCCUCGUCUAGCGAGACGAUGGCGACCAUGGUCGAAACGACAUUGACGACCACCAGCAUUUCAAUCCCAGACUUUCAAUUUCCCACCUCAACCUUAGCCUUGACCUCGACGUCUGGACCGACUAGACUCACGGCCAUCGAUAGCCCUUCUUUUUCACUCCGAUCCUUCCUCUCCUCCUCCUCCUCCUCCUCUACAUACACCCGUUCGGCAACCAGGACACCUCGACCUUCCCUCACCACAUUCAUAACACGCAUUCUCUCCUCUAGCUCGACGCCUUCAUCCACCUCUUCUACUCCUAUCCUCAACUCCGUCCCUUGUGUCUCCGGUACAUUCACCUGCAACAGCGCCACAAGCUUCUCUCAAUGUAUCAGCACCAGUUCUACUUCCACAACAUACAUCUACAUGGGCUCCGUGGCGGCUGGCAUGCAAUGCGUCAACGGUCAAAUCAUACGCCAGAAUGCCGGUCCCUGUACCCCGUUCAGAAGUAUUUUCUGUAAUGGCGAACAUACAUUCUAUACGUGCGACCAGGGCGGGUUGGUGGACAUGGGACCUGUGGCGCCAGGGAUGGCGUGUAGAGAUGGGGAGAUUGUGUUUGCUUAA